GUGUGUUGUGGUUGCAAGUGUAAGGACUGUGGCUACAGUUGUCUUGUGGUGACAAGUGUGUUUUGUGGGGGCAAGCGUAGUUACUGUGGCUAUUGGUGUGUUGUGGUGACAAGUGUGUGUUGUAAGGGCAAGUGUAAGAACUGUGGCUAUAGGUGUGUUGUGGUGGCUUGUGUGUGUUCUGGUGACAAGUGUAAGGACUGUGGCUACAGUUGUCUUGUGGUGACAAGUGUGUUUUGUGGGCGCAAGCGUGUGUUGUGGUUGCUAGUGAAAGUACUGUUGCUACAGGUGUGCUGUGCUGGCAAGCGUAAGGUGUUUUGUGGCCAGAAGCGUAGGUACUGUGGCUGGAAGUGUGUUGUAGUUACAAGUGUGUCUUGUAGUGGCAAGUGGAAGAACUGUGGCUACAGUUGUUUUGUGUUGACAAGUGUGUUUUGUGGUGACAAGCAUAGGUGUGUUGUGGUUGCUAGUGAAAGUACUGUUGCUACAGGUGUGCUGUGCUGGCAAGCGUGUUUUGUGGCCAGAAGCGGUGUUUUGUGGUACAAUGUCGUACAGGUGUGUUCUGUUAACAAGUGUAAAUACUGUGGCUACAGGUGUGUUGUCGUUGCUAGUGAAAGUACUGUUGCUACAGGUGUGCUCUGCUGGCAAGCGUGUUUUGUGAUGCCAAGUGUAGCUACUGUGGCUAGAGGUGUGUUGUGGUGUUUUGUGGCCAGAAGCGUGUCUUCCAGUGGCAAGUGGAAGAACUGUGGCUACAGUUGUUUUGUGUUGAAAAGUGUGUUUUGUGGUGACAAGCGUAUGUACUGUGGCUGGAGGUGUGUUGUGGUUACAAGUGUGUUUUGUGGUCACAAGCGAUUUUUGCGAAGGAAGCGUAGGUACUGUGGCUGGAGGUGUGUUGUGGUGACAAAUGUGUUUUGUGGUGACAAGUUUAGCUACUGUGGCUGGAGGUGUGUUGUGCUUACAAGUGUGUCUAGUAGUGGCAAGUGGAACUACUGUGGCUACAGUUGUUUUGUGUUGACAAGUGUGUUUUGUGGUGACAAGUGUAGCUACUGUGGCUGGAGGUGUUUUGUGGUCACAAGCGUGUGUUGUGGUGUCAAGUGUAAGAACUGUGGCUACAGGUGUGUUGUGGUGACAAAUGUGUGUAAUGUGUACAGUCAAAGUGAAAGUACUCUGGCUAAAGGUGUGUUAAGUGUGUGCUGUGGUGAGAAGUGUAAAGACUGUGGCUACAGGUGUGUUGUGGUGACAAGUGUGUUGUGGUCAAGAAAGUGUAAAGACUGUGGCUACAGGUGUGUUGUGGUGACAAGUGUGUGCUGUGGUGAGAAGUGUAAAGACUGUGGCUACAGGUGUGUUGUGGUGACAAGUGUGUGCUGUGGUGAGAAGUGUAAAGACUGUGGCUACAGGUGUGUUGUGGUGACAAGCGUGUGCUGUGGUGAGAAGUGUAAAGACUGUGGCUACAGGUGUGUUGUGGUGACAAGCGUUGUUGUGGUGACAAGUGUGUGCUGUGGUGAGAAGUGUAAAGACUGUGGCUACAGGUGUGUUGUGGUGACAAGUGUAAGCACCGUUGCUACAGGUGUGAUGUUGUGA